AUGGAGAGCCCGCGAGACAAAGCCAGAGCGAACUGGGGGGAAGCCCAGAAGAUCCGCACUGAUAUAAUGGCAAAGAUAUCGAGCCUGAAGAAAGAACGCGGAACUACAAACACUACCUCUGCUUUUGACGAGGUUGAGCAGACGAUGGCCGAAUUUCGUCUAGCUUGUAUGAAUGUUAUCAACCAUGACUUCGAGUAUGCAGCCACCAAGAAUGUCGAGCACUUUCUGUGGCAUGCUCAUACCUUUCUUAAUGGAGAGUACCGAAAGGUAAUGAGCCGUCUCUUGGCGCAGAACCAAGUUGUCGUGAGACGGAAGCUGGAGAAACAAUAUCGAGCAUUUCUCAGGACAUCCCAAUCGUUUUACAGAGUUUAUAUUCAAAGACUGUCUGAACGAUUCUAUAUCCCGCAGCUUCACCAAGUCGCGCAUGGCACAGAUAUCGAACCGGAGAGGAUUCCUUCUCCCGAUUCAACUCCUCCUUCUCGGCUUCGUGCUAUGAUUCUAAAAUCAUGCCAGAUCACUCUGGUUCAUCUCGGUGACCUAGUCAGGUACCGAUGCCAGAUGACCGAGAAGCUUUCUAGUUCAAGUACGAACUUCGAUAAGGCUUUGGAAUAUUACGGUCUGGCAAACGCCGUUGACCCUGACGAUGGCUCUGCCCACCAUCAGUUGGCCGUACUAUACCAACUUCAAGCACGGCAUAUUGAUAUCGUCUACCACUUCCAUCGUUCAAUUUGUAUCGCGAAACCCCACCAACUAGGGUUUGCAAACCUUGAACGAGAAUUUAAGGGGUUGGAGAAUUCUUCUGUUGCUCGCAAGGGACCCAAAGAUCCGAAUGAAACCAUGGUCACCUGGUUCCUCCGACUACAUGCGUAUUUCUUCCAAGGAGAGCCGUUUUCUCAGCAGUCUGAAUUAGAAGAGGAAGUCUUACAUCGCAUAGAGAUGGCGGUGAAGUCUGAUCCUGACGACGCUAUAUUACGCAGAAUGACUUUUAUCAACAUCGCAGCGUAUGACGUCGCUCUAGAGAAGGUAACGGCUUCUUGGACAAUGCAGGGAUCACAAUCUGCCCAAUUUCUACUGCGAUUUAAUAUUCGUACAUUUGUGGUUCUCCUUCGAGUCCUUAAGGCGGGUCUACUUAACGAAUCCGCAACAUCUCCAUCUUCCCAGGGGCAAGGCGAGAACGGCGACAGUGCCGAAAGCCCUAUCUGCUUUAGCCAGCUCUUAACGCGGCUUCUUCCUUUUAUCCGUAUCUAUAUUUCAUGGAUUUACGUUUCUCAGACCGAUACCAACAAGUAUCGGGAAUUUCUGGAGCCAUAUGUCAGUGAUGUGUACGGACUGCUUGCCGACACGCUGACUCUACUCAACGCGAUCACUGAUCAAGUUGCUGCCACAGCCACAUCUAGGUAUCUACUACCGGAAGAUGCAGAGGCGCUUGGACUUAGGCCAUUUGCAAAUGAGAACCUGCCGUUAUUUAUUCAACCAGGUGACUUGCUAAGCCCAAGCUCACCCAAGAAGCCUAAGUCUCGUAAGCCCCGUCAGAGGGCUUCUGGCUGCCAAUACCGGCCUGAUACGGAAGCGGUUUGGCGUAUUAGAGACAUAGUGUAUUGUGGUGUUUUAUUGGCCGAGAGCCUAGGUUGCCCACUCAUUCUGGCUCUUAGACAGCACGAGGGACGGGAUAUAGAAUGCUGGGACUUUACCGACAAAACUCCCGAGAAAGUUCCCGCGGGUGAAGCGAUCCUGUCACGUAUGCUGAAGAAGCUUAGAAUUGGCAACUCGAAAACCAAGCCAAAGGAUUUGGUGCGGAACGACAUCGAGUCUUCGAGCCCAGAUGUCGCUGUAGCGAAUGCAAAGCAACCCUGCGAAGAUAAUGGCGACUUAGACCUCGAACCACAACCCCAACCUGAUAAAGGAAAGUUGGCCGAAGCUAAGUUUUCACUUCUUGAUACAGAUCUGAGUGGAGAUAGUGAAAUGGUCAACAUGGUGAAUAAGCUUCUAGAUCCCGUUGAAGACAGUAGACCACAAUCGAGUCGAACUCAGGCUGACACGACUUACGGCAUGAAUACCACUACGGCAAACGAAGUUUUCGGCCAAUUGGGCGCCAAUUCUGAGCAUUCUUCCGCACAGCCUUCUCCGGCAUCUAAACCCAUUACUAGUCUUCCAUGGCGUUAUUUCUAUAAACCUACUCCGCACCGUUCUGCCAGUCAAUCUAAUAACCAAUUACCCCCCGAUGGCGACUACAUACCUAGGAGUGCUCACGGCCAACUGGACAGCCUGGAACCGUCGUCUUAUCUCAACGGCCUAGCUACUAGUGUACAGCAAGCUCAGGUUUACGACAAACCGGGAAACCCCAUGGCACCCUCGCCGGCCUUCAAUCGUCAUGAAAGUAGAAAUUCUCGCGACUCGCUUGAAGCGUCGCGGCACGCAGUCCUUGAUAGUCUGACGUCCGCUCUGUAUGCGCAGCAUGGGUUAGACCCCAACGACAUGCCAUCUUCGGAUAAUUUUGCGAACCGAGUGGCUGCUAGUCCCUACUUAGGGCCACGAGGAUCUACGCCUGGAACCUCAGGUUCUCCAUACCCCCCAGCGUCCAGCUCGCCUUAUUUAAGCAAUCUCGGGCUGAACAUUGGCACGACUUCCAUGGAACGUUCUGCUAGCCAAUUUGCGGCCAUGUCUAAUCCUCAAAGCUCGCCUGGAUUAAGCUGGUCUAACAAGCCAUUUGGAACUUAUGGUGGAUUUCAAGAUGCUUGCAGCCCCGCCCCGAAUGCAUCGAGCCCUGCCGGCAUUGACUCAGCCGCAGUUUUACCUGUGGGAGCCAAGGGCACAAUUCCCAGAUUCAAGGCGCCUGGCCCACCUACUCCAGCCCAACAACCACAAUCACCUUGGUUUCAAGAACUUACGAAAAGCGGUUCAACCUUGGCCUUUUCACACCCGAGCAGUCUCUAUGGUGGCACUCCUGCCGUGCCUCCUGCCGGUCUCCCUAAUAUGACCUUGUCUAACGGCAGUUAUAAUGCCAGUACUCCUUUCGGCCAUCUCGGGACAGGAUACAACAGUACUGAAGAUGAGCCUUACGAUUUUAAACGCCAGCUCUCGGGGUCCGCACCGCUUAAAAGUCAGAAACAGCGUCCCAAGUGA